AUGAGCUGUAGUAUUAAGCAGACAACAGGCUCUCUCAGGGGCAGGACCAGCGGUGGCAGCUGUGUGAUCGGUGGUGGCGGUGGUGGCGGAGCGCGGAUCUCCUCGGUCUCCUCCGGAAGAUACACGACCUGCGGGAUAGGCGGGAGCAGAGGGUUCUCUGGGAGAAGCUACUGUGGUGGUGUGAAUUAUGGAGGAGGACUGAGCACUGGCAGCUUGGUUGGUGGGAACUUUGGAGGUGGCUUAGGAGCUGCUGUGCUCGGAGGAUGUCCAGGCAUGGGGUUCAGCGGUGGCAGCGCUCGCUUCGGCGGUGGCAUGGGAGGUGGCAUGGGCAUGGGUCUCGGUGGAGGUGGUUUUGCUGGUGAUGGCAUCCUUCUUUCUGGUGACGAGAAGGUCACCAUGCAGAACCUUAACGACCGCCUGGCUUCUUACCUGGACAAGGUGAGGUGCCUGGAACAAGAAAAUGCUGACCUGGAGUGUAGGAUCAGGGAGUGGUAUGCCAAGCAGGGCCCUUUCUGUGAGCCACGGGACUACAGCUGCUAUUACAAGGAAAUAGAAGAUCUUCAAAACCAGAUUGUCUGUGCAACCAUAGACAACAACAAGAUCAUUCUGAACAUCGACAACAGCAGGAUGACAGCUGAUGACUUCCGAGUGAAGUACGAGACGGAGCUGGCGCUGCGGCAGAGCGUGGAGGCUGACAUCAACGGGCUGCGCCCGCUGGUCAGGUCUGACCUGGAGUCACAGCUGUAGUCGCUGCGGGAGGAUCUCUGCUGCCUGAAGAAGAACCACGAGGAGGAAAUGUGCUGUCUGAGGAAGCAAUCGACUGGAGAUGUGAGCGUGGAGGUCAAUGCCUGCCCUGGCCCAGACCUCAGGAAGAUCUUGGAGGAGAUGAGAUGCCAGUAUGAGACGCUGAUUGAACGCAACCGCAAAGAAGUCGAGGAUUGGUACGAGUGCAAGAUUGAGGAGGGGAAUCGGGAGGUUAUUACGAGCGGUCAGGAGGUGGAAACGUGCAACAAUCAGGUGAUUGAACUGAGACGCCAAUUGCAAGCCCUGGAAAUUGAUCUCCAGGCUCAGCUCAGCCAGAGGGACAACCUGGAGUCCUCACUGGCUGAGACAGAGUGUCGCUACAACAACCACCUUGGUGAGCUCCAGACCCAGAUCACCUGUGUGGAGCAGCAGUUGGCUGAUCUGCGAGCAGAGAUGGAGUGCCAGAACCAAGAGUACAAGAUCCUGCUGGAUGUCAAGUGCCGCCUGGAGCAGGAGAUCCACACAUACCGCUGCCUGCUGGAGGGUGGCCAGCAGGACCUUAUAAGCAGUGGGAUAGGAGGAGGAGGCAUCAUUAGGACAAGCCACACUUACACUUCGUCUGCCCAGAUGCCAACCUGUGCAGCUGCGGAGAUCCAAGAGUUCUUACAUCAUUCCUCAUACAUCACUCGAGAGUACGCGACACAAGGCCUGUCCUGCGAGCCCAGGGACUACAGCUGCUACUACAAGGAGAUCGAAGAUCUUCAGAACCAGAUUGUCUGUGCAACCAUUGAUAACAACAAGAUCAUCCUGGACAUCGAUAACAGCAGGAUGGCUGCCGAUGACUUCCGUGUGAAGUAUGAGACGGAGCUGGCGCUGCGGCAGAGCGUGGAGGCUGACAUCAACGGGCUGCGCCAAGUCCUGGACCAGCUGACGCUGUGCAGGUCUGACCGGGAGGCACAGCUGGAGUCGCUGCGGGAGGAGCUCUGCUGCCUGAAGAAGAACCACGAGGAGGAAAUGUGCUGUCUGAGGAAGCAAUCGACUGGAGAUGUGAGCGUGGAGGUCAAUGCCUGCCCUGGCCCAGACCUCAGGCAGAUCCUGGAGGAUCUGCGGUGCCAGUACGAGACGCUCAUCGCGCGGAACCGCAAGGAAGUCGAGGAUUGGUACGAGUGCAAGAUUGAGGAGGUGAAUCGGGAGGUUAUUACGAGCGGUCAGGAGGUGGAAACGUGCAACAAUCAGGUGACUGAACUGAGACGCCAAUUGCAAGCCCUGGAAAUCGAUCUCCAGGCUCAGCUCAGCCAGAGAAAUAAUUUGGAAUCCUCUCUGGCUGAAACUGAGUGUCAGUACAACAACCUCCUGGGUGAUCUACAGAACCAGAUCACCUGUGUGGAGCAGCAACUGGCUGAAAUAAGAGCAGAAAUUGAGUGCCAGAACCAAGAGUACAAGACCUUACUGGACGUCAAGUGCCGCCUGGAGCAGGAGAUCCAGACCUACCGGUGCCUGUUGGAAGGAGGACAGCAGGACCUCAU